CGUAGACCAGUUUAGUCGUAACUGUUAUUCGUGCCGAGACGCAACCCAAGGCAGUGUGUGGUUUAUUCUUCUAGGCCCGAUAAAUCGGUCUCCCGUCAAGAUCCGCGUGCACCUUGUAUUGUAUCUCUAGGUAAGAAGAAACGUUUUGAAAUAUUUUUUUAAGAUUUGUAUUCAAUUUUCUUUCGCCUCUUUCCUGUUUGCCCACUGUUCCUUAUCACGAUAAUAGAACUUUUAUUAUUAUUUUUUUGUUUUAAGAAAAUACAUAAAUACAUGAAAUAAAUUGUAUUUACAAAUAAUUAUUCCCGGCUGUACCCAAAAAUACUAUAAUAUUACCCUUAUACUCAUAUGGAAAUAUGCAAUUUCAUAGCGGCACUUGUUAGCGACGUACCAAUUCUAUACAAUAUUAAUUAUUAUUAACCCGAAUGUAGUAUUUUUUCUAUUUCGAAAUUACCCGUUUUUAUUGGCGUUCGACGAAAUUAAUUUGCAAAAAUAUAAUACGAAAUUCCAAACCAUGGGUAACAUUAUAGUUUGUUAUUUCAUUGUUUGUUUUAGUAUAAGCUAUAUUGCAUCCCAAAAACGCGUAAUAUUACAAUUGAUUUUUCGUCCGGCUGUGAUCAAUCGUUAUUAAAAUUGAUAUUCUAUACAAUUUCGUGAUCAUAUUAUGUCUUUGAAAAUUGUGUGUUCAUAGAAUUGCUUUUUCGAAUUCGAUGCAUUUUAGUUUUGUAUAGCGACGGCGCAUAAUUUUUCAUAGCAUUUUUUUUUUUUUUUUUAAUAUUAUUCAUUUCAAACUACCUACCCCAAAAACAGAAAAACAAAUAUUAUUAUUUCGCAUAAAUAUAUAAUUUAUAAUAUGUUGAUAAAAAAUUUCUCACUACCCUUAAGCGUUUCAUUACAAUAUUUAAAAUAGCCAGUGUUUUAUUAUACAAUUUGUUCUUCUUGGAGAAAUAUUUUUCGAUUGUUUAAAACGCCUUAAAAGAUUAGGAUUUUCCGACUGACAAUACUUUUGUAUUCACACAACGUUUUUAAUAUGUAUUUCAAUAAUUUAUUUCGACGAAAAAUUAUAAAAAAAAAAAAAAAAAAACCUCGAUAGUCCCUAUAGCAAAUUUGUCGUAGUAUAUAAUAUUAAACGAUUCUAUGCGUGAUAUUCUAGUUUGUUUACAUUACCUGAAAGUAUUUUAUGUUUUAUUCCAUAUUCUUGUGUGUUCCUUUAUUAUUGUUAUUUUAUGUUCUUUCAUUGAUCCGCUAUACUAUUCCAAUAUUAUUUUAAUAUUAUACGAUGUUCUGACGAAGGUUUAUCGCCAAAACCCGUCAAAAUGAAUCCAUAACCCAAUAGAUUCAAUAAUACAUAUGCCUUUGAACUAAAAUCGCAUAUGUCUCGUAAUUGUCUACAUUUUUUUUUUUUUUUUAUAGAGACCUGCACGCUAGUUGUUUUUACUCAAAAACACGCUUAGCAGGUAAAAGUAUCACGCCUUGUAGAGUGAACGAAUUUCGAUCGUUUUUUUUUUUUAUUUUGUCAUAAAAAGAAUGACUUUUCUUUUUAAAAAGAGCAUUCAAAAAUAAAUAGUAAAAUUUCGAAACUUUAUAUUUAUAGAGUUUGAUUAAGACAAAUUAUUACCAUUUUUUUUUUUCACUGAGCUAAGCUCUUGGUUUAUGGUUACGUAAUCAAAAAUUGAAGUUCAAUGCCGUGGGAAAGAUUUCCUCUUUCCAACUGAAAACGAAUUGUUCUAAAUCGGAUCCCACAACGAAUUAUGACACUUUUUUUUUGUAAAGCAUGGUAAAAAAAAUACAGGUCGUGCACAGGCUACUGUACUAAGUUUUAUCUAUACAUUUAAAGAAUUAUCGUUUGUCAAAUUUAUUAAUUGUAGAUAGCAUAAAUAUGUGUAUGUAGAAUAAAAACCAACGAACAGAACUGUGAAUUGUGUACUCAAACUAAAUUUCUAUCGCAUUUUACGUAUUACUUGUAAUUCGUUUUUUUUUUUUUUUUUUUUUUUUUAUCAGCAACGUAAUCAUUUUAUUAUAAAUAUGUUGAAUUAAUAAAUAAUUAAACUAUACAAAAAACCGUAAAAGAAUUCUCGAAACGCAUCUGAUUGAAUGUGUAUAAUUAUGUCGGUAAAAGAAAUAUCAUAAUUAUAUUUCUAGUUUCUCCAUUGUUUUUAUUCUUAAAUCCUUUGCUUACAUACACGAACCGGUACGUACGCGAGCGUACAGUUGAAUAUAUUAUAUACAGUCAUAAUAAUAUUUUCUUCCUUGACUUCCUGACUUUUGUAUAAUAUUACUAUAUUUAAUUUAACUGUCCGUUGGAAAAUAAUAAUAACAAUAACACGACUACCUAUACGAUUUUUAUAAUGACAUAUAAUAACUCAUCGCGUCAUAUUACACGAACUAUAUUUUGUGUGUUUUAAUUUUGUUUUAUACGAGAAUCAGUUCGAAAAAAUACUAUUAGGUCACUGAUUCCGUCACGUGAUAUCAUUAUCGCCGUCUCUUUUUUCGGUAGCCACGGAGUUGCAAAAAGAUAAUGGCCGUGUGUAUUAUUAAUUGAACUCGAACAUCCGACGAAAUAAUAAUUAUUUUAUUACGAGAAGAGUUCACAACUUAAAAUUAAACGCUUCUUUUUGUUCCUUUUUUUAAUGUUAUUCGACAUUUUAUCGCAGUAUCGCAGUUUUUUUUUUCCAACCAUUGGGAAACUCGAACAAUGGACUCUUCCCAUCUUAUUGUGGUUCGAUUUCCUAUUUAUAGGUCUUAGACCAUAAUAAUAUUAUGCAUAACCUUUUUAGAUGCCGAGCAAAACGAGGUUAGAUUAUUCUUUCAAUUUUCCCAGCGCCAAGCGCAUGAAAAAAAAAAAAAAACGAUCAAACAGUAAUAAUUAUGAAAACGUUUGUAAAUUUACGGUUCGUUACAACAAUGUAUUUUUCACUUAAUAUUUCCUAGCGAUUCGAAAAACAAUAGUAAUAUUUUCCAGUAGACGUGGAAUUUUCAACAGCUUUCUAUCAAAUAUAAUAUAUGAUUCAUAGACGUGGUCGUUUUGAAGAAUCAUUUUACGAUAAAUUCCCAUUGGUAAAUCCUAGAAAAUGUUGAGUUUUGUUCCGUAGCGGAUGAUCAACAUUUUUAUUGAAAAAUCAUAGGUAUUUUAAAAGUAUUUAUUAAUAAAUGCCUCUUUUUUAUACAGCAUUUUGUUGAAAUGAUCUCGGUGUCUAGGGGAGGAGGUCUAGACCCAGAUUUCUGGACUCCUCCCUGUAAAUCCACCUCUGAUUUUGCACAAGAAUUAUAUUUUUCGAACGCAGUGAUUUCGAACACGAUGUCUUUUUAAAAAUUUUUUUUGAUACCAAUUCAUUCAUUAUUUUUAAAUUGAUGACCCAAUAUUUCACACUAAAAACAAUCAGUAAACAAAAUAACAUCUAUCGUUAUAUCUGGUGGUUAUACGUAUCUGUGCUAUUAUUUCAAAGUUAAAUAUUGAACAAUUUUAUUAUAGUAAUAUCACGUUAUUUUAUUACGUCAAUAAUCAACACAUAGAAUGUCUCAUUAUAUUAUUCGUAUUAAUACAAAUAACACGGUUUCGUAAUGUAUCGUUACACCACAAUCAAAUUAUCAGUCAUUGGUUUUAUUUAAUUUAUUUUGAUGAUAAAGAACAUAUACCGGCAUGUAUAGAACAUAGAACCCGACUAAUUCAAUAUUAUUAAAUCAUUUUUCAAUACAAAAGAUUGCAAAAUUAAUAGGUUGGUACGGUCUAGUGAAGUAUUAUUGUUAUCUAGUUGGAGUACAAAUAACUAAUUUAAGUAAAUAAUUUGGUUUCGUUACAAUUAUUUAAUGUUUCUUUUGUCCACAGAAAAGUAAACCAUAUUGUUCGGAAUGAAUAUUCCGAAACCCGGAUUUGAUUCGAACAAUAUCAAGGAUAUAUUAUGAAAAAUAUUGUUAAUACAAAUAAAAUUAAUAUAAGUAUAUAAUCGUGUGAAUGAAAUAAUAUUAUUUUUUCCGAAUUUUCGUUUUACUCCAAUUAAAAACUUACGGAUGAAAAAAAAAAAUGCUGACUUUCUUCUAGCAUCAAUUUUGAUCUAUUUAGUUUGUUGAGGUGGUCAAUUUUGUGGUUUUCUCAAUAAAUUGGGAAAAACUGACGAUUUGUGUAUAAUUUCCGUCGAUUUCCGGAUUACAUUGUCAUCCAGGAAAAAAAUAUGACUAAUAAUACUUCACUCAGAGUCGUUUUCCAUUAGCUGCAGUUGAUCGUUGCGCACACUAAACUAUAUAUUCUCCCGUUCCUGCUAAAUGGGCGGCACACCCAUCAGUGGUAACAGCCUUUUUUUCGAUUUAGUCUAAACACGUUUACAUACGACCGAUAAGAUCUCGUGUAAUAACGAAUAAAACGUCGAGAGUUAUAAUGAUACGGUGCCCAGUUACGGCGAAAACUCGCGAGUCCAUAUUAUUGUUAUUGUUCCAACGUUGCUCCGUGUGUCACUAGAGAAAAUGUAAAUUAGUAAGUCGUUAUUUUAGGUACGUUUUAAUUAUUAUUGUUUUUUUUUUUUUCCACGGUAUCAGCAAUACACCGUAGAUAUUAUUCGGUAUAUAUAGUAUAGAAUUUACGUAAUAACGAGAUGUCGCCGCGACGAAGUUACGAUUUCCAUGCAAAAGUAUACGUUUACGAAUCACAGACGGCAACAUUGUUCGAAACGCGAUACACGUGGUCCGCGGAGAGAAAUCGGUAAAACGCGUACCCUACGAUACCACCUAUACAGCCGUUGUACCAUUAUUAUAGUUCCCCGGCGCGGUAUCGCAUCGCGAAACUGUGAAAACUAUAUUUAUCAGACUAGACACCGGCCAUUAUUAUUAUUAUUAUCAUUAUAUCGGUCUUACAAUAACUUUAUUCGAAUAGAAAGUUUUGCAUAAAAUAUCGCGCCUAUAUAGUUGUAAUUAUUAUUAUUACGGUCGCGUACGGUGUCGAUGACGGCCGUAUAACGAUAAUUUUACUAUGCGUACCCGCGUAUGCCGGCACGUUUAAAAACUAUGCGUAAUCGUGCGUAAUCUGAACGUUGGAUUUUCGUUAGACACCGACGUAGGCGUGUAUGCGCGGCUAUAAAAAGAAAUCGGUCGACUAUUAUAAUAAUAUUUAAAAAAAUUAUGGCCAACCCCCCCGUGGUCGUGUUACCGUACCAAACGUGCUGUUAUUCGAGUACGCCCGUCCUGACCGCGAGGUUUCCGCGAAAAUACGUAUUAAUUUCAUGCCGGACAACGGCUGGAUGCCAUUCGACAGAUUCGAACGGCACUUUUCGCUCGGUUUAAGGUUUCUCCGCGUCGCCGCGCCGUGUCCCGUGUCAUCGUGUUGACCGCGGUUCGUUGUUGCGGGUGUUUUUAUUUUCAAUUUUAUUUGCCGUCCAACCACGCGUUUUACCGAGAUUUCCACACACACGGUAUCGUCGUUUCUUUUUCACUUACUAUCGUUUUACCUAGAGAUGGCGAUACCGAAAAUAACGUAAAAUUCUAUACUCGCUAACUCGUUUCAUUACGCGUUAUUCGAUAACGACAUCCGAUUCUCCGUGAUUGAAAACAAAAACAAAAUACAAAUGAUUAACCAUGAAAUAUUAAUCGUCGGUGUUUAUUAUUAUUAUGGAUACCGUAAAUUGUCUCGAUUUCGAUAUUCGAUACUGUCUUAAGUACUGAAGGUACAGUAUGUCGGGGUGGCAAUACGCCCAUCUCUAAUCAUAAUGAAUUAAAUAUUCGAUUGACCGUAUUUGCAAACAACGCUUUAGGUUACGCGUGUAUAUUUUUUUUUUUCUAUUAUUUUUAACACUUGUUCCACCCGGUCAGAUUCCCCGUAAUUUAAUAUUUCUACAAUAAAUGAAUAACGAUUUUUCAAUGAAAAUUCUAUAUAUAAUUAUGUGCAGUUUGUUUUAAUAUCAGAACGAAUUGAUCUAUUAUCAAACAUCAAGAUUAAAACUAUUUUUCUGUACAGCUACGUGAAGGGUUUUCGAUUUUCUCGGUAUUUUAAUUUUAAAGCAAAAUGUGAAAAUGUGAAAUAUUAUGAUUUAAAAAUUCUCGCUUAAACAUUAAAAUAUCGAAGAAAAAAAAAACCGACGAACAAAUACAUAGAUAAUGUCUUCGCUUUACCGUCACAUACGGCUAUCACGUCCUCUUGACAGCGACUGCUGAUUCACUAAAGACGGUGGACGGUGCUGAAAACAAAUAUUCAGAGAGAAAUUUCGUCGGUGUAUUGGUUUAUCGUAAUACCGUAUUCAUUCUUCGCGUGUACUUGUCGGAAUGCCUGAGUACGGCCGCAAUAAUAGCUUUCUUAGAGCGGUGAAGGGCACGGACGAACAUAUAUUAUCGUUUAUCCAUACAUCAUCGGACGUCUGAGUUGAGAACAACCGAUAUUAUACUAUAACCUAUAAUUGGUAAUAACAGGUACCUUAUCGUGCACAGCCUCGAGUAUAUUAUAUUUAUGAGUAACAGCACGAGCAAAUUAUUGAAGUCUAUACGUAGAUAGGCUUAUUAUAUCGUUGUAUAAUUUCUAUCGUUUUAAUAUUGUCCGCCGGACAUAUUAUUGUUAAUAAUUUGCUUAUAUAAAGAAUCGUCAACGUUCUGAAAUCGCGUAACGUAAAGUCUAGUCAAAUGGACAACUAUGUCUAUAUGUUUGAUACCUUUUUUGAAACAAAUUAAUGAAAAGAUACGGACACACUUCGAACGAUGGGUGGGCCAAUGUUGUAGGGCACAGGUUGGGAAGGUAAGAUAUAGAGGAGAAUUUAAUGUAAAUCUGUACGUAAUAAUUAAUCUUCGCUAACGAAAAACGAUUUGGAGUUCGGUAUACAUGUUUCAAAAGACCACAAUAUUUACGAUUUAAAAAUAAUUUAAAUAAAUUUAAAUAAAAAUUUUGCCUACGUUUUUUCCCGGUCAGUUUUUCCAAUUUAUUAAGAAAACUCCUGGGAAAAUUAAUAAAUACCAUUUUUAAAGUAUCAUACCGGUCAGAUUUUCUUUUGGAAAAGUGUUAUAAUUGAAAAUCCGAGCGAAAUUGCCGGUAGAAAAAGUAUACAAAAAAAAAAAAAAAGCAUCACUGAAAAACCAAAACGUUCCUCGUUUCGCUCAGAAUCUAAAAUAUUUUUGUGAAAUGAAUCAUAUUUAAUUUCUUAUCGAAUAAUCAACGAUACUUGUAUUGUAUAUAAUUUUGGAUUCGACGCAUAGCCAGGGGGACUAAGGGCUAUAGCCCCUUUUCAUGGACUGCGUUUGUGUAUACCACACUAUACUAUGCAUACUAUUACGCACACUAUUUUACGAUCGGAAUGUUAAUUAUGUUUUCAAUUAUCCUGAAAGAACGUUUUUUCCACCAGACCGUAUGAAAACGAUUUAAGGAGAAAUGCUAAUUAAUAUAAUUACUAUCUUUUCCAAAGGAACUCCAAGAAGGAUACAUCUAAUACAUUUAUCAGAGAAUAUAGCCUCUCCAAUACCAAACCCUAAGUGGGCAAUUCCUAGUGGCUACGUCACUGUUUCGGUGGUAUGAUUACGUUAUUCGAAACUAUAGCAACUAUCUAUAAUAAUACCUGUAGUGUCAUGCCGUUUUAAAAAUACAAAAUAAUUUUUAAAUAUGCAAUAAUGAUAGGCCGGCAUUACGAAAGACAACGAAUAUCUGGAGAGAGUUCGGUUGAUGAUGUAUAACAAGUGGAAAUUAGUAUUUUUAAUAUUAUUGUUGGCGGUAGAAGAGCUCGAACUUAGUACGAUUGGAUAUUAUACGACCGACAUAUUGAUCUAUAUAUGGAUAAUGGUACUGUGAUAUUUAAUUCCGGUGAAACGAACACGUUUUAUUUUAAAUAUUUUUGACGACCGAACGUUUUAUUUCAAAAACGGAACUCAUUAUACCUUAGGUGAAAACAAUACACACCCACAACUUAACACUUAUAAAUUAUAAUAAUAUGUGUGCACGGACGCACGAUGAAACAGAAAUUCGACUCUCCUCCCCAUAAACUUUGUAAACUGUAUAAGUUUUAUUUUUCAACUCCAAGUUUGAUGUUGUCAACAUUUAAUAUUAUUGUGUACAAAUUACGAAUAUAUUUCAUUAUGAUAUUUUUAACCAACACUUGGAACCUGCAUUUUAGAAUUAUCAACGCACCAUUUUCGAGAACACUAUGAGUAAAUGUAAAUUACAAAAUGGUCAAACCUUCAGAACCGUUGUUUCAUUUAUAUGUAUUAAAUGAUUUAAUAUUAAUACAUUUUAUUUAAUACAAACAUGUUUUCCUCAUUUGCAUUUUGGAAGUAUAAUGUAAGAGUGCAAUUUUAAUUGUACAAUAAUAUUUUUCAUUUAUAUGUAUAUACAUGGACGUCCCAAGGGGAGGAACGUCUGCCCUCAACCCGGAAUUAAAAAUUUUAAUCAUUAUUAUUAUAAUUUUAUUUCAAGCACAUUUUAGUAUUUGAUUUUAUUACGCUCCUCCCUGAUAAAUUUCCUGCGGGCGCCCGUGUAUAUAUUUAAUAUACACACGAAUAUAUGUGAUAUAUUUUUUAGCUUGGUAACAAAUAUGACACUAUUGAACAUAAUUGAACAAUUAAAAACAUAGGUAUUAAAUAUUAAACAAUUUCAUUAAUUUUAGGGUUAAAGAGAGGGGAAAAAGUUUCAAACUAUUGUUAGAAACUCUGCGUGCAUUUCUGGACACUCGAUUACGGUAGGUAAAUUUUAUAAUAUAAUUAUAUAAGUAGAAAUAAACAAAAUUAAAAUAAGGUACACAUAUUCGAAAGUUCACAAUAUUAAUCAAUGUACAGAUUAUAACAUAUAGUGUCUUAUUGUUUUUUUUUUCUAUCGUUCGGAGCCUGCAAUGAAAGAUAAACGUUAAAUCAUUUUUUUUUUAAUAAAGUUUUUGUAUAUUAGCAAAUAAUAGCAGGAAUAUCAUCCCACUAACUGGGUUUAAUAGCGUUUCGUCGAUAUGCAGGUAGAUACCUGAGAAAUCAUCAACUCUCAAUAACUGUUGUUAGUAAUGUCUGAUAUACCUAAUUUAUUCGUUCUAUUAGGGUUUUAGUAAAUAUACAAACCUAUUGUAGAGUUAACUGACAAACGAAAUUUCGUCAAAUAUAUUAUUAUUAAAACAGUGGCACCGAUCUCAGUAGUGACCGUGCUUUAUAGUCUUUUAUAUUGGCAAUAGCAAAUAGAUUUUAUUUUUCGCGUCUUUCAGUAUCAUAUAUAUAUUUAUUAUUUACCUGUACGAAUAGGAAAAUAGUUUUAUCAUAAAGAGUUUUUGUUUUGAUGUUUUGGUUACACUAUCUUUUUUUUUCCCGGAACACAAAAUACAAAUUGGCACCACAACAUUAAAAUAUACAGAUGCCGUUCAUUCAUUUAAUAGGAAAUAUUAUAUCUAUCCUUAUAAAGUUUUCAAUUUCCGGAUUAUAUGCAAAGUUCUGACGAUUCAAUUCCAACCGAGUUCCGGAACGACUAGGCAUCUCUAAUAAAAGUUGCUCUCGACGCUUUUUUCAGCCGCUUCUUAGCAAUAUUAUCAAUAUUCUGUCUUCCAUAGUCGUAUAAAUUCCUGUGAACAACGGAAAUCUAACAAAAUUAACACAAACAUAAUACAAAUUAAAUUGUGGAAAAUUCAAGUGUGGGUACCCGCCAAAAAUAUUAUACAGUUAAUAAUUAAUGUGCUCCGUGAUGAUUAACCAUGAUGACCAAUUAUUAUUUAAACUUCAUGUAGACUUUUUUUAGACUCUGAGGGAAGCAUGACUUGUUAGUUUUACUAUAUUCUGUGUGUCUGUAAACAACUUUUUUAUCAGAUGUCUUGCACUAAUCAAAAACUUUAUAGGAAUUAUCGUGUAGUAUUUGUAAUCUAAUAUUGGUAGAAUAGAGAUACCGUUAUUUUGAUUUUCCUUACAGUUUUCUUAAUAAAUGAAACAACUAUGUAAAUUGUUUGUAGAUUAUUUGUUGAUUUCUAGGUUACCUAAGCAACACGUGUAAAACACGACUAAUAAUAGACUACUCAGAAUCGUUUUUCGUUGUCCAUGGUUUAUCGUUGCAAACAUGUAUGAACUGGAUUACUCUAUACAUCCUUCCUUUCGUCUUCCCUCCUAAAACAGUGGCAAACACUCAUCAAAAGUAUCGGCCUUUUUUGUUGUGUAAUAUAGUUGAAAAGUACCUCGUCGUUUACGACGAGACCAUAAACGCAAAAAACCGAUUUUAGCCGAAUUGUUUUUAAUUAGUCCCAAGGUCAUUAAAACGACGUGCCGUGGUAUUAAAAAAAAAAAAAAAACAAAUAUCAACACAAAAAGUGAUCGUAUUUUUAUUAAUUAUUAUUUCCCUUACUAUAGCAGCUACCUAUAUAUUUUUCAUACAUCCGACUCGUUAGAAAGUUAUUGUUAUUGCUUUUUUUUUUUUUUAACAUUCAACGCACGCUAAUAAAUAAUAUUCAACUGCGGCGCUGUGUACUUGUCGAGUAUAAAUUCAUAUUAUACGUACAAUAUUAUUUUCUCUUACAAAAUAUAAUAUAAUAUUAUCAUUACGAUUCGUUUUCAAGAGAAACGUAUAGGUUGAUACGUACAUAUAAUACGCGUAUACGAGUAAAUAUUUCUGUUGGUUUUUUAAAGUACCUAUACCUAGUAUAGUAUACCUUAGGUGUAUAAUAAUAAUACAAUAAUAUCCUCCUAAUCAACGUCUCGAACAUCGACGCAAAGAGAAAUCAACAAAGAAUAUCAUCUUUCGGGGCCAUUGUAUUAUUAUAGGUACUUAUAUUUUACUGUUACGUACGAAACGAGUAUGUAUAGGUACCCUGCCCAUAUACUUUUCACGAUCAACUUUUUUUCAAGAACACGACGCAGUCUAUACGUAUUAGGAAAGAAGGAAGUAAGGAAGGUAAAUAGAAAAAAAAAGACGUUUAACGAUAACUCGAUAAUCUUUAAUACUCGUAUGUGUAACCUAAUAAAUUGUUGUUUGUGGCACACCGCAUAUAAUUAUUAUAUUAUAUAGGUACAACUCGUGCUAUAACAGUGACUAUAUUAUUAUUAUACAUGUACCUACCUACGAGACAUCACACGGUCUUUAACUGGUUACAUUCCAAUUAUACAGUUUCUGUGUCAGUAAGCCAUCAGGAGAGCCCGUUAGGAAUUCACGUGUAGUACCUAUACGCGUGCGUUAGUUCAUUUUUUUCGUGGUGACUUUAUACCAACCCGCCCAUUUUAUACUUCCCGGAGCUCUGUAUCGCUGUGUAUCGUUAUAUUUGCGAUGGAAAAAAAAAUUAUCGUAUUUUGCAAAAAAAAAAAAAAAAAAACCUAAACAAUAACGCGAUAUUUUACAAAAAUGAUAUAUUGACUUGUCGAUUUUCGUGCAGCGGGAAAUUGUACCGUUGUACGUGAAUCGACGUUAACGGUAAUAUUGUAUUAUACCUAGAAGCUGCUGCGGACGAACCGACAAAUAUUCUGUAGUAGUAUGUAAAAGUGUCUUAUUUGAAUGACGAUAGAACUGCGGAGUUUACUACCGUCAUCAUUGUUAACCUAUGCGGACAAAAUGAAUAAAACAAAAUGUAUACUUUCUUAGGUAUACUUAUCAAUACAUAUAUUAUUUUAUUGAUUUCGAGGUAGAAAGACUCAUUUAAUUUUAUAAAAAUUACAAAAAAAUAAACGACGGAAAAUUACAGAAAUUAUGGGAAAAUUAUGGAAAAUCUUGGCAAAAAAAAUUACAUGAGAAAAUUAUAAAACAUAUAAUUAAGCUCUUAGACUUAAGCUCUUCUUCUGUGAAAACAAAGAUACGAAGCUAUAUAUUUAUAGACUAGGAAGCGAGUCUGUGCACGAGUAUAGUGAGCCGAAUAUUAUCGCGUUGAAAUCUGGAAUUUUGUUUGCUUUUGUAUUUGUUGGUAGGUAGCUAUUUAAUGUAUACCUAAAUGGUGAAUCACUAGCCAAGUUCAAACUUUUGUAGCAAGUACAGGAAAUUUACACUCGAAUAUACACAUAAUAUUUAUUAUAUAUUAAUAGACCAACAAACUUUUUACUUCGAUUAUCGAACAAUAUAUUUUGAUAUUAAAUAUUAGGUUUUAGAUUCUAAAAAAUAUUAUACCAAAUAACCGGAUGUAUGUAUUUACCGAACGAAAGAAUAAUAAUGUGAUUUAUUUAGAAAAAAAUAUGUAUUAAAUAAUGAACAAAUUUAGACGAUUCGUAAAAAAUAUUUCUACGGUUAUUGUUAUUUCAAGGCUUGGACUAAAUAACAAAUGCUGUUGUUAUUUUUGUCUGGUGUGUUAGAUUGAUAAUGUUACACAUAAUAUUUCACAUUAUAUAAAAACGAAUUCAAUGACAUUGCAAUUUAUAAUAGUCAAUUUCGUUUUGUUUAUUUACUCUAGAUUUGCUUUUUUUUUGAAUUUUCGCAUUUAUUUUCACAUAAUUAUUUACGAACACAAAGUGUAACAGGGUUAGGACAUUUUGGCAUAUUUUUCGUUAAUAAUCGAUUGAAUCGAAGGGACCAAUAAAAUAUAACAGCAUGCAAAUUUAUUUAUAAUAAUUUCAUUAUGCGGAUACUAUUUAGUUCGGUGUUCGUAAAAUUAAAAAUAUAAUAAAUUAUUUAAUCUUUUUAAAACAAAAAGAAAUUAAAAAAAUUAACACAUCAAUAUUAUAGCUGUCAGUUAUUUAAGGGAGAGGCGUAGCACACGCACAGAGCCCCGCGCUUUUCGAGGUCUUGCGUCCAGUCACGACAAUAUUGUAGCUAGAUGGUAAUUAAAUUGCACAUGAUUAUUUAGGAAAAUACAGAUUAAAAUUAAUUGCAACUAAGAAGAAUUGUGUUAUAAAGAUUUACCUACACUUGGUAUUGGAAUAUGGAAAGCAAAAAAAAAAAAGUUGAGGCCCCCGCAAAAAAAUACUGCACACGGCCUCGAUAUUUUCCAAGCCGAUCCUGGGUGUAGGGCCUCUUAACAUUUCGAUCUCAUUUCGAGUUGUUGUUGUUAAAUCAUAUAAAUAAUAAUAUUUUAUAGAAAUCUGUAGUCAUAGAUAAGUUAUCAUUUAUAACCACUGCUGUAGAUAUAGAGUUGUGCUAUCUAUAAACAUAGUUAUAACACUACAUUUUAGACCGUGGUUCAUAGCUUACAUUAUAUUCAUGCAAUAAUCAGUUUUUAAGUGGAUUCAUUGUCUAAUUGAUUUUUCGAUCGUUUUAUUUUUUUCUUAUCACCCAGCGAGAAGUGAGUGUGUUCCACUUCUGGACACGAUGAUAAUUAAAUUUGAAUGUAUGAAGAUCAUGUUACGCCGUUAUUACUUGUUUGUUCUAUUAAUAUUGAAUUGAUUGAAUAUCGUGCGUUGGGCUAGUCAUAUAAAAUAUGCAUAGAUAAAAAAUUGUAAUGAUAAAUUGCAUAAGAUAAUAUUACUAACCGAUUUGCGUCAUUAAAAAAAAUAAAUCUAAACUUAGUAUUACAAUAUCAUAUAUAUAUACAUUCUAAUUGUAACAGUUCAUUUUUUAAAAAUAAAUAUGAUAUUUUGAUUCGGAUCAGAUUAGAUCCCUAUAUCACUUAAUAAGUGACAAUUGUACACGCUUUCACGUGUUCAUGUAAAAUUUACAUUAAUUACCGUGUGCUAAAAAUAUCAGUUUGUUCUUGAAAAUGUUUUAAACGCGGGUAUUAUUAUAAUAUUAUACCGACGUGAAAAUUCCAAAAGUUCAAAUCGAAAAUUUGAAAUUUGAAAUUGUUAUUAGGUGUACCGAAAUAGGAUAAGUUUUAAUGAAUGCAAUUUUAAAUGUAUUUACAGUAUGUACAUUAAACAUUAUACGUACAUACGACGGUAGUGAAUUCGUUUUUCUAAUCUUCAUUAUUUUGCCCGUAGUAAUUGUUCAUAUUUUAAGCUUAAAUUAUAAAAUAAACGCCUUUUUGGGUUUUUUUUUUUUUUAUUACACUAACAAUAUACUUCGCUAAAAAAUCCAAACUCGAGAAAUAUGUGCAUCGCACAAUAUAAGUAUUAGUUAUAGUAUAACUUUUUUUUUUUUUUGUACAACGUGCUGGUUCGUAAAAAUUCGCCUAUUUUAUUUUCUGUUUUUAUAUGUAAGCAUUUAUUCGUUAACUCGAGUAUUUUAAAACUCUCCGUACUUAAAAAAAAAAAAUCAUGGUAGUAAAAAUACGAAUAACAUUCUUUGAACUUUUUUGGUGUGAAAAAUCACCAGACUACAAAAUUAAAUAUUGUAUACUAUAAUUUAGUGCACAAUAUAACACUUUUGCCACAGACAUUUUUGUAUUUUACACGUUUUCACUGAAAAUAAUUUUGCUCUUUAAAUGUUAAUAUAUUUUCAUCCAACGUGAAUUUAAAUAUUCCUUAAAUUUAGAGUCCCUGUAGUUUUUAAAAAUAUAUUCUACAUUUAACUAUAAUAUAUUAAUAUACAAUUAUUACUAUCUGUACUGCAAACUAUUUUAUAAAUAAUUUUAAUAUAAUUUAAACAUUUCAAAUUGUAUUUUUCAAAGUAUUAAAAAUUCUAUGUUUAUAAUAUAUUCGUAUUAUUUAAAAAUAUUAACUCAGGUUAGUCACUAAGCGUGUUAACCACAAUUUUUUGGUUAUAUUUUGCAUGUAUUCAAAUUCUGAUUUUUAGAAUUUUUAAGUGUAGUUAAAACCGCUAUUUUUGAAUAUAAAGUUUUUUUUUACACCAUUUAAGGAGUAUCCUGUGGCGAUACCAAUUUUUGGUUUUUCAAAUGAGAACCUAAAUUAAAAAUUUCAUACAUAUAUGGAAUAUUACGAUUAAAAGAAUUUUGGUGUUAACAUUUUUAUUUCCGUUAACCCGUUGACGAUAUAAUUCACUUUUAAGUAUUGGUAGGGGGAGGUUAGUGGAGUAUCAUUUGUGUGACCGUGGCAGCAUGGCACAAAGCAUUUUAUUAGUGCUCCAUUACUCUCCCCCGAUCUAAACUUAAAAAUGAAAUAUCUCGUUAAUGGGUUUAAACCAAAAGUGUUUACAUCAUAUAUACUCCAUCUAUUUAUGGAAUUUUCAAUAUAAGUUUUCGUUUGAGAAACCAAAGUUAAUAUCACCACAGGAUAUUCCUUAAUUGUUGUUUAGAAUCUAAGUAUUUGAAAAUCAAAUACUAAUUAGUGAAUCACCCUGUAUAUAUUUAUUUUUUUUACAUCAUCUACGACAGACUCCUGUCUUAGUUUUUACAAUGUGUUAAUUCGCUGCGUACAAUUAAAAAUUUUCUAGGCGUGCAUUUUGAGUACCUUAAGAGUAUACUAACCUAUAGGUAUUUUUAAAAAAAAAAAACUUCAUAAUUAUAAUACAAUCAUUGUGUUUGCAAAUAGAAUAUAACGAGAGGUUAGGUUAGGUUAGGUUAUUUAAAUAUUUAUAUAUACUUAUAAUAUUUUGUAUCCUACAGUAUUUCGAUUAGUCAUGGUUUGAUAUUUUUUUCGUCUUUCGAAACAAGGUUUCAGGAGCUGUUGUAUAUUAUCGAUAGGACCUUUAAUUAGCCAUCAGGAAUUGCAUUAAAUUACUUUAGAGGGCUGUUGUAUGCUAUUAAAGACUUCAGUAGAACGUAGAAUAUCGAUUGGCCGUCAGCGAGAACACAUUAAAGGAAAAAAGUAUAUAUUGGCAGUAGGUAAACGAUAAGCAGGCUGUUUUUAUAAGAUUUUUCAACUCUAGAUAGCAGUUUGGAAUUCAUUCGGAACAAUGAGACAAUUGUCACAAUUCUAUUCAUUUUUUAAGCAUUAUCUAGGCUUAAAGCUUUAUUCAUUCAUUGAUGCCCUACAUUUGAAAAUUAGUACAGUUUAAAACCUAACCUGACCUUAUCUAUUCUUACAAUGAUUAUUAUUUUAAUUACUAUACAUAUUCAGUGUAAUGUUUGAGUUAAAUAAAAAUAUUUUUUUUUCUACAGUUAACAUUUCUAGUUGGUGGAAUUACGAAAAAUCAUUAUCAUUAGGACCAUUGAAGAGAAAUGCGGUCGUGUGACCAAUUGAUCUCUCCGUUUUACAAUAACUGUUUUGGUGAAAACAGCUAGAAGUUUAUGAAAAAAAAAAAAAUCAGACGAAAAUAAUAAACCAAUUUUAAUUUCAUACAAUAGUAUCGUUAAGUAUUAUUAAAAUAGUAAUUGGGGUACAUUGUUUAUUUUAAAAGAAUUACGUGGGUAGGUGAAUGGCGCGAUAACAUAUACUGAGUAAUAUAAAACUCUAAUUUCUACUUCCGUAUUUUCAAAGUUGUCAAAGAUGAUAUAGUAUUUUAAAUUAAAAUAAACAAAAAGCGAUGGAUUGGCCACUGUUUUAGGUGAGAAAUUAGGAAGGCGAAGGGUAUAUUUAACGUACAAUAACGAUUAAUCAUUCAUAACGAAAGACGAUUCUGAGCGGAGUUCGGUUAAUAGUGUUGCUUUGUAAUAUUUACAAAUUAGGCUGUACUUUUUACGGCCUUUAUUAAUUUUUUAUUUUUUUACCGGUUUUUCCCAUUUAUUAGGAAAACUCAUGAAAAAAAUCAUAAAAUGACCACCCUAAAGUACUAACUCAAUUAGAUUUCCUUUCAAAAGAGUACUACCAUUGUAAAUCGGUGUAAAAUUACGAGUAGAAUAAUUGUUUACAGAAAAUAAGAGAAAACAAACGACAUUGUAAAACCAAUAAAUUCCUUGAUCCGCUCAGAAUUUAAAAAAAACAAAUUAUUUUAAAAUAUAUUAUUCUGUAUUCAUAAUGUUUAUUUGAAUACCGCAAAAGUGAUAACAACAAUAAUUGUAUUAUUACCACCGUUGUUUAGUAAUAUAUUGUAAAUUGUUUUAAUAUAGUUGAAUAUUAUCCAUUUAUAAUGAUUGAAUUAAAUUCAGCUUUUACUUUUUCGGUUAUUGGAACGUAAGCGAGAAAGUAAUAAUGAAAAAGAACUAUAAGUGUAGUUCAAAACUAUGUAUCGUUAAUAAUUUAAAUAGAAAACGUAAGGGGAUUUAGUUAUGUUAUGUUAGGUAAGAUCUUUUGUCGUCGAACGAGUCGGGAAAAUAAAAAUGACGUAAGCACCCGUAUUUGUAUUGCAGCGGGAUAUUAGCAUGCGGUAUUAUACAAACGAUUUGAACAAAACAAUUCGUGAUUUUACACGAAUAAAACUUACCUGUACGAAAUUUUGAGUUACUUUGAACAAUUUUAGAACGUGCAUUAUAUAUAUUUUAUGGUGACCUAGUAGUCUAGUAUUAUAAUAAUAAAUGCAUUCAAUUGUGUGUACAUUUGAUCGUUGCAUUACCGUGUCAUAUGUUUUCAAAACGAUAUUCUGUGGAUUAAAUAUCUCGGGGUACUUUUUAUUUUUUUUCCAAGUACAUUUUACUAUGUUAUUAUUUUGUAUAUUGUAAUUCAGUUUAAAGAUGUAUCUAAUCUAUUUAUCUCGGGUGAUAUUGUCAGUGGAUAAUCGUAUUAUUUCAUUAUUAAUGUAUACCGGAGUAAGAAUAGUACCGAAAUUGAUUGUCAAAGUACUAUUAUUAGAAUCUCUAAUAAUAUUAUAAUAGCCGGUUCCUGGUAACACCUACAUCUAAUAAUUUGCAAUUGGAUUCGAAUAGAAUUGUAUAGAAAAAAGAUAAUUUAAUUUAGGAAAAUUAUAAAUUCGUUUCACGUAGUCUACUAUACAAAGAAACGAGCUAUACAGACAUUCGAUUUUAUAUAUUUUUUCAUAAACCCGUAUUAUUUUGUAACAAGUCAGCUCUAUACGGAUAUAAGGCUUGUACAGGUUUUAAAUUAAAUUAUUCUCUGUAAAAUAUUGUUUUUGCGCGUAUUGACGCGUGCCUAGCUUGUUUGAAACGUUGAGCAUAAAAUAUCGAAUUCAUAGGUCUAAUACGAAAUAUUAUGUAUACUUUAAAUAUCAAAAUUCGUAUUUGGAUUUAGGAAAUGCAUUUGACCACUUUGGUAAUUGUUACCCAUUAGGCGAUUGUUAUAUUUCAUUGUAUAUUAAUGUUAACGUUGUUAUUGUUAUUAUUUUACAGCUUAAGAUGAUAAGACAAAUAUUUCUAUUUGUUUUUGGACUAACACUAGUCGUAGCGCAGAGGAGAUUAGCGUUGCCCGAUCCGCGUAGCUGUUCUAGUAGUAAGUUUCAACGUUUUUUUUUUAUUGAAUUUUAUGAAACGUGAAAAUAAUAUUAUAUAGAAUUUGUUUAUUGCUAAAAAAAACCUAAUUAUUCUCCUAGGAAUUCGCCAUGCCACGUAUCGAGAUGCACGUGGAGUCACGCAUUCGUAUUUUUUCAGUUGGGAACACGCGCCUACUAAGAGCUUGGAAGUUGACUGGUUGGACGCUAGAAACAUUUGCCGGAGGCAUUGCAUGGACGCGGUGAGUUUGGAAACUCCGCAAGAAAACGAAUUCGUCAAACAAAGAAUAUCCAGAGGUAGGCCAAAAUAAUAAUAAAACCUACACGCAAAUAUGGUACCCAAUAUUAUAUUUUGUGGGAUCUCCAGAACUUAUUUAAACAAAAUUUAAUUUCAAGGAAACAUAAGAUACAUUUGGACCUCGGGACGGAAAUGUAAUUUCAACGGAUGUGACCGACCCGAUUUAGUACCCGCCAAUGUUAAUGGAUGGUUUUGGUCAGGAUCGGGGGCGAAAAUCGGACCGACCACUCAACGUAAUUCUGGCGACUGGAGCCAUACCGGAGGAUUUGGACAAGCGCAACCAGACAACAGAGAAGCACCACAAGUAUGUUUUCAGAAAUUUUAUUUAAUAAACUUCGAACGUAAUAAUGGUGUGAACUUGUGAUAUUCACAAGUGUAGAGGUAAAAAUGAGCGAGUUGUUGUACAAGUUUUGAAGUUCGGUAUUUGUUUUAAGUAUUAUAUAACCGAACCUAUACGAUUAUUGAAAACGGUUUAUUUUCAGGGUAACGACGAAUCAUGUUUAGCCGUAUUAAAUAACUUUUAUCAAGACGGAGUAAAAUGGCACGACGUUGCAUGCCAUCAUUUGAAACCAUUCGUGUGCGAAGACAGCGAUGAACUUUUAAACUUCGUUCGUUCUCGCAACCAGGGAAUUCGUCUUUAAGAUUAUCAUUUUGUUUGUAAUUUUUUAUUUAAAUAAAUUAUGUUGUAAGGUAUAUUAUAAAAUAUUAUUAUGUUCACAUAAGAUAAACGAUAGGUAUUCAAUAACAGUACGUUAACUUUCAUCUGUUAAUUUAACUAUUUGAACGAAUAUGUAC